AUGGUCUUAUUACUUUAUGUUGAUGAUAUUAUUUUGACUGGGAAUUCAGAUGAUUUACUUAUUGAUUUGGUUAAAUAUUUGAGCCAUAACUUUGAAAUGAAGGAGUUGGGAGAUUUGCAUUAUUUUUUAGGCUUAGAAGCAGUAAGAUCUGAUGAUGCUAUAAUGUUAACUCAGAAAAAGUACACAAUGGAAUUACUUGCAAAAUCUCAUAUGUUAGAGUGUAAUCCUUGUAGUACACCAGUUGCAAAAGUUAACUAUGUUAGUCAAUAUAUGCAUGCUCCUACUGAUAUUCAUCUGUUAUUAGUGAAGAGAAUUCUCAGAUAUUUAAAAGGAACAAUUGGUUAUGGUAUAACACUAAUAAAAGGUGAUAUUGAGUGCUUAACUGCUUACACUGACUCAGAUUGGGGCAGUUGUCCUGAGACAGCUAGGUUUACAUGUGGAUAUGCAAUUUUUAUGGGUAAUUCUUUGAUUUCUUGGUCAAGCAAAAAGCAACCUACUGUGUCAAGAUCAACAGCAAAAGCAGAAAAUGAAGCUUUAUCAGUUGCUACCGCUAAAUUAGAAUGGCUUGCCUCUUUAUUUUCUGAGCUACAUAUUCAACUUAAGAAGCCAAUAAAUUUGGUCAAACAUAUAAAAAUUCACUACCAUGUUGUGAGGGAGCUAAUUGAAGAAGGAUUUUUGACUGUUCAACAUGUUGCUUCAGAGAAUCAGCUAGCAGAUUUAUUCACUAAAGGACUCUGUACACCUAUUUUUGCUUCUCUGCUUUCUCAGCUACUGGGUUUAUCUUCAACAUCUACUGCAAGUACUUCAGAUAUUCCUUCAUCAACUUCUGCUCCAAAUUUAUUACCUGUUAUUACUUCUUCUGCAGACAUUUCUAAGUUCCAAACUUAG